CUGGGGGUCCCUGAGGAGAGGUUUGGAAUGGCUGGGGGUUCCUAAGGAGAGGUUUGGAACGGAUGGGGGUCCGCGAGGAGAGGUUUGGAACGGUUGGGGGUCCCUGAGGAGAGGUUUGGAAUGGCUGGGGUCCCUAAGGAGAGGUUUGGAACGGCUGGGGGUCCCUGAGGAGAGGUUUGGAACGGCUGGGGGUCCCUAAGAAGAGGUUUGAGAAACACUGCUGUAGUCUAUAGGAAAUACAAGAUUGGCAAAUGAUUUUCAAAGCUAUUUCAGUAUAGGCUAUAUAUAGCGUGGUACAUACAGUAUAUGUUCUGUGCAUUAUCUAAAACCAUGUGUGUAUUAUGAAACAAUGUUUUUACAAAGGGAACAGGUUAUAACGUGUGUAAUGCAAACUGCUGCACAGGAUAUAGGCGGUGGUUACAAUGUAGGCAUCAAUUUCUUGAAGAGGGCCUCAACAUACAAACAAUGUGGUCAUAUUUGAGCGGUACAAUUAAUCUGAAAUACAUUGAGACUGUUAUCAUCUCAGUUUAAAAUGUGUGUGGGUAAUAUUGCAGCUCCGUUGCUAAAACAAGCCUGUUUAUUCUCGCAUAUAACACCCUACCCUCUUUGUGGAAUGGUACCGUCUCUUCACACAUAUUUCAUUAAUAAAAUUCAAGCUCCCAAUAAAAGGAGGCGCGCUCCACUAUCUGCAGCUACUACCAUUCACUUGAAAGCGGUGAAAGUAAUGCACAGAGGUGACAACAGCAGGACAGUAGAUUAUAGAAUACGACAAUUUAAUAGGGAUAGUGAUUUUUUUUGUUGUAAAGUUUUAUUGUUAGUACAUUUUGUUGAUAAGGCAUCAUCAUGUAUCCGGACUCGAGCCCAGACUACGAUGACUCCUCGAGCUCGUCCAUCAGCAGCAGCAGCAGCAGCAGCAGUACGAGCAGCACCUGCGCAGCAUCGUCUCCCGGAGAUAUCCCCCAGUGUAGCCAGCGAUCUCCAGAUUCACACAGGAACAAAUCGUCAAUGGACAGCAACAUGUCGCAGGAUGUCUGCGGAGAAACAGACUCUCCAUGCCAGUCUCUCUUUGUUCCAACGGUGACUGCAAUCUCAACCUCCCUGGAUCUGCACUGGAUGUUCCAACAGACCACCGUCAUCACAUCAGCAUCAGUCUCCUCCUCCUCCUCCUCCUCCUCCUCCUCCUCCUCCUCCUCCAGUGGACGUGCAAAGCUUAGCAGAGCGCAUGGCGCAACCCAGUUGUCUUCCAGAGUGGAAGGCAGCAAGAAAGGGAAAAAACAGGCAAGCCUUGUUAAAUAUCAAGGAGAACCUUCAUCAGAAGAGGACGAGAGGAGAAAUAUCAGGAGAGAAAGGAAUAAAGUCGCAGCGGCCAAGUGUCGUAACAGACGGAGGGAACUCACCGACACCCUGCAAGCCGAAACUGAUCAGCUUGAGGGGGACAAAGAGGCCUUGCAGACAGAGAUAGCCCACCUCCUGAAAGAGAAAGAGAGACUGGAACAGAUCCUAUCCACCCACCAACCAGCCUGCAAACUAGCCGUCGCUGAGGACGAUGUCGAAAAUGAGAUCGACGAUGACAUUGAAGGCAUUCUACAAGACGCCACAGAUUCUGCCCAGCUGCUCUCCAUCUUGGAGAAUGCAGACAAACUCCAACUCCCAGAAGGCAAUGCGACAGUAGUGACUGUGUCCAAGGGCCCCUUGUUCCAAGAAAUGGACACCGUCCCCGUCCCAAGCAUCUCCAUCUCAGCCUCGGCAAUCUUGGGUAACUCCAACAUCCUACUGUGCUCCAUUGCUGAGGAAGAACCCAUGGAGGAUCUAGACUUCGACCAGGGUGACCUACAGGACCUGGUCCCCAGUCUGGAACUCAACAUGGCUGUGGCCCCUGAGACCGCCCCGUCCGUUCCCGACAUCGACCUCCUCGGGGGCCCCUUCUGCCUCUCAGACUGGGAGACCCUGUACAAGUCUGUGGCUAAUGAUCUGGAGCCCCUCUGCACUGCCACAAUGAUGUCUUCCACUGACAGUCCUACAUGUAGCAGUUAUUACCGCUCGGUGUUUUCGUUCAAUUACUCCGAGAUAGAUCAUGUGGCUGAGGAGAAGGGGUGUUGUGAGAGCUCCGAGGGUCUCAAAGGAGUUGUUAGCGGUAGAUCUGAUUUGCUUAACGGUCGUCUCAAUUCUCCCACUCUGUUGGCCUUGUGAAUCUGUUAUGAACUGGUUGGAGAAAUAUAGGGCCAGUUCCCCACACACAGAAUAAGCCUAGUCUUAUUAGAAAGUAAUAAUAGCAUAUUCAAUAAUGAUUCUCCAUUGAAAGUGCUCUCCUAGUCCAGGACUAGGACUAGAUCUGUGUCUGGGAAACUGGUCCCUGAGGUUGAUAUUGAAUCAAUAAGCUAUGGUCUAUUUAUUUAUCUAUCUAUCUAUCUAUCCCCUGAUGUUUUGUUAACCUUUAACCUUUAGCACCAAAUUAAAUGGUUACUGUGACUGUAACAGUGUUAACUUCUUCCAGAUAUAUUGGUGCACCUGUGAGGGCUGUUCACUCUCUUGAGUAGUGGUGGAAAAAGUACCCAAUUGACAUACUUAAGUUAAAGUAAAGAUACCUUCAUAGAACAUAAUAGAGUCAAGUAAACGUGAAAGUUAACCAGUAAAAUACUACUUGUGUAAAAAUCCAAAAGUAUUAGGUUUUUAAAUAUACUUAAGUAUUCAAAGUAAAUGUAAUUGCUAAAAAUAUACUUAAGUAUCAAAAGUAAAAGUAUAAAUAAUUACUUAUAUUAAGCAAACCAGACGGCACUAUUUUUUUUUUUUUUACAUUUAUGGAUAGCCAGGGACACACUCCCAACACUCAGGCAUCAUUUACAAACCAAGCGUUUGUGUUUAGUGAGUCCUCCAGAUCAGAGGCAGUUGAGAUGACCAGGGAUGUUAUCUUCAUAAGUGUUUGAAUUGGACCAUUUUCCUGUCCUGCUAAGCAUUAAAUAUGUAACUAGUACUUUUGGGUGUCAGGGGAAAUGUAUGUAGUAA